UACAGUAGAAAUAAAAUAUUGCUAUACAACUGAUUUAAAUACGUACAUUCUAUUCAGAAUAAAACAUUACUCUUCAAUUCAUCAUGAACCAUGUUGCAAGGUUAAACCAUUGAUACUGUAAUAGAAACAUAUGAGAUAACCAUUUAUAAAUUUUAAUAUGACUAAAAAUAACGGUCUUAGACCAUAGGUGCUUUAUAUGUUGCAUAGAUAUGAUACUUAAUGUGCACAGAGGUGUAAUAUCUUCUAAAACCAAACAAAAAAGAAUAACUGCACUGAUUUUUCAGAUGGUCCCAAAGGAAACAACAAUCCCUGACAACUAGCCUCAAAACAUCUGCCCAACUGAUAAAUAGCAAUACAAAAGGGUGAAAAAAAAUAACGAGAAGGAAAAAAGAAGGAAAAAAAUCACAAAAAGAUUGCACUCAUCUACCAUCCAGCGACCUGACAAUGGGUGAUCCAGAUAUUAAUGAAUACUUGGCUAUGAUGGACCCAAACGGAAAAACAGCGCAUGAAAACUGUCAUGUGAGGAUUAACUACAAACCAAUAGUUGUACCUGGUUUAGUAUAUAGGACCAUCAUCACAGGAGGUUUCCUUCAGUUGAUGAUGACUAAUGAUCAAUACGCAUGCGUUAGAUUCAACAAUAUGAUUAAAUGCUACGAAGAUCAAAGGCAAGGGGCCAUUCAGUUCUUAAAGAAGGAAGCUGAAAAAAUUAACAGCAAACGGUUGGUUGUGCCUCCAGAGCAAUUUCUGCAAUGGAUGAAACAAGGUUGCAUUGAUUUGGACACAUAUGUUGUACUGAGGGACUGCGUUUUGAAGAAAGGCUACAAGAAGAGGAUGGCUCUUAGGAAAGAGCUGAACUUCGCCAAGACGUUGCUGGCCCCUGUGGGUAAAGCAACAUCAGCUCUAAUAGACAAAAUUGACAUUAAAGACUUCUCUGUUGCCAAAAUUCCUCCACCAGUGGUGCCAUCGUCAGAAGUUCCCGACAAAGUACCAAUGGCCAAAAAUAGCAUGCAGUUUAUGUGUAAUCCGUUUCAGUUGAUGACCGCCGACUUCUUCUGCCUCCCUGAAAACUCGGAAGCCAUACCCACGUACAAGCAGGCUCUGUGCGGGAUGAUGUUCGGACUUCUUGCGGCCAAAGUGGUCUGUACCAUCCUCCUGAGAAUGAUUUCGCCUAAAGAAACUUUAUCUAUAACUUAAACACCUUAGUCUAUCAAAGUUAGUGGUCAAUAAAUGUUGUUUAUUAUCCAAAAA